CGCAUAUUGAUAGUAAUGAGUAUAAAUGAAAUAUUCGUUUGGCGAAAACUCAAUAUUGAUUUGAAAAUGAAGUCUCUUGUUGCUUUGUUCGUGUGUGCUUUCACUGCCACUGCUAUGGCUGAUGCAGAGAUCAACCAAAGCACAUUUGAAGCUGGCCGUAAUCGAAUCAUGGAAAUGUCGAGAACGUGUGACGAAAACCCUGCUACUGCUGUAGACCAGAAGGCCCUCGAAAAUUAUCUGGAAAGCAACGGCCCUGCCCCAGCUAACGCUGGAGUUCAUGCUCUGUGCAUCACCAAGAACUUGGGCUGGCAGAACGAGGACGGCAGUGUCAACAAACCACUCAUUACCGAAAAGGUGAAGGCCAUCUUCGGCAGUGUGGAUGCUAAAAUUGAACGGUAUAUUGAAGACUGUACAGAAGCAAAGGCAAAACCAGAGGAUACAGCUGAACAACUGUUGAACUGUUAUAGAAAGCAUUCACCCAAAACUGAAUAAAUAUGGAUGUGCAGACGGCUGUGCUUAAUAAAAGAGUGUGCAUUUUU